ACAUUGAUGAGAAGUUAAAGAUAAGUUUAAACUUUUGCAAUAGAGUUAAUUAAGUCAUCACCGGUAAUCAAACGCUAUUGACUGUCAUCAAAUUUUCGCAGUAAUAAUCUUGUGCAUAUUCUCAUAAUUUGUUAUUGACACGAUCUAUUCAUUUUUAUAUUCAGCCCAGUAAAAAGUAUGAGUGAAGAUCUUGAGAAAAUUGCUGAAGAUAAUGAUAGAAAGAAAUACGAAAAUUGGAAUACGUAUAGAAAUGUAAAGGAUAUAUGGGAAUGUAUCGAUUCACCACAGUUUCUCGAUUUUAAUGAAAUUACCAAUCAUGAUCUUCCAUAUUUGGAUCAAUUUGGAACGCCUAAAUGGUCAUCACAAAAUAAGAAGCAAACUGAAAAUGUCCCUUCUCCAAAUCCAGAUGACGAAGUAGCUGAUAUUUUACUCUCUGGUUUAUCGUUAACUAACGAGAAGCAGGAAGAACAUUCUCAUCGCAGUAAUGGUGCGACGAUCAACCUAAAUCAACCUUCUACGAGUAAACACCCAUCUGAAAAAAAGACCGUACAUAAUCAGCAAAAAACCGGAAAUCGUCAUUGCACCAAACUUAGUCCCUUUAGCUUUGAUGCGCAAAAUAAACGUAUGUUGGAACGCAAGGAAGAACGUAUGAAAAAGAUGUUAGAAGAAGAAAGAAAAAUGUUUCCCGUAUUCUACGCGAAACCUGUACCAAGAUAUAUAAAGGCGCGUGCGCAAAAAUCUCAUUCUGAAAUUGCAUGUAAUCCAAGUAGUACAGUUCAAGAUCCAGUACCGAGUACUAAAGUAAAAAAAACAAAGCCAAGAAGCCCUGUACUUCAUACAGCCAGAAGAGCCAGACAGAGAGCACAAUUCGACAAUGCAAUAAAACAAAGGGAAGUGCAAUCGGAAACGGCCAAGAAACUUGAGGAAGAGAACGCUAAGAAAAUGGAACAACGUCAAAUUGCGAAGUUUCGAAAACAAUUGAUACAUAAGGCUAAUCCAGUUCGAUCAUAUCAGCAAUUACCGCCACGAGAAAAACGACCACUCACGGAACCUAUGACGCCGUUUUGUAUCAAGCGUCGUCGCUUUCAUUAACAUUUUUCAUUGGCAUUAUAAAUUAAUGAAUUUGUAAUUGCAAAUAUUCCAUAAGUUUUAAAAGAAUAUUUUAUACGAUAACGAUAUUUUAAUAUAUUUAUUCCACUGUGCUUUAUCGUCGGGAGUAACUUAAGGGUUUUUGUAAGUGAUUUUAAUAUUUAUGUAAUCCUAAGUUCUGAAUAAAAUCCUUGCAUUCAAGUGAGCUAUACACUCGAAAUUUGAUAAACUGAAAAUAUUUAAUGAAUAAGAAUGACAAUGUGUAAAUGAAAAUAUAUUAAUUAAAAACGCCACAAGUAUAUCGUCAA